AUGGAUGGCGGUUACAACAACUACAACUCCUACGGUGGAGGUGGUGGCGGCGGUGGUGGUGGCUUCAUGCCUGGCGAGAUGAACAGUCCCUCCGGCGGAAAGGGCGGCGAUCGCGACAACAAAACACUUCGUCCCGUGACAGUCAAACAAAUCGUCGAUGCUUCUCAACCUUUCCCUGAAGCCAACUACCAAAUCGACGGUGCCGAUGUAGCUAGCGUCCUCUUAAUCGGCCAAGUACGCAAUAUCAGCACUCAAAGCACCAAUGUCACAUAUAAGAUUGAUGACGGCACGGGGGAAAUCGAGGUCAAGAAGUGGAUUGAUUCUGGGAGUGCAGACAGCAUGGACACAGACGAAGGCAAAGGCCCUGGCAGCGGCAAGAAUGCGAUUCAGCUCAACGGAUAUGCUCGGAUCUCCGGCGCCGUCAAGUCUUUCGGAAACAAGCGAUAUGUCGGCGCACACAAUGUGCUUCCAGUGACGGAUAUCAACGAGCUGCACUGUCACAUUCUCGAGGCCACUGUGGUCCACCUAUUCUUCACACGGGGCCCUCCUGGCGGGGCCAAUGCUGGCGCCAAGAACGCAUCAGCAGCUGGAGGUGAUGCUAUGAUGGGCGGUGCGGAGGACUACGGAGCGGGCCAGAACCGGGCGUUGAUGUCCAUGUCACCCUUAGCCAAGAGGGUCUAUCAGGUGCUUAGGACCGAACCCCAGGACGACACUGGCUUGCACGUACAACAAAUCGCCGCGAAGAUGAACGUCCCCGCUACCGACGUUGCCCGUGCUGGCGAGGAGCUGCUUGGGGCCGGUGUGAUCUUCUCCACGUCAGACGAACAGACUUGGGCCAUCCUUGAGUAUUAG